UUGCCCACAACUUAAGCUACAAAAUAGAGACCUCACCUAACCUCUCUAGAUUAACCGGAAACUUUCAACAAAGCUCCGCGUCUGGACACUUUUCUCUGGAAAUUUCUCAUCUCUUGCAAGAACUCCUUCAGGAAGGCAUGGAGGCUUAAAGAAAUACCUUUGUUGGAGAUAUGGUUCUUUCUCCUGUUUUCUUGAUGAAUUGUUUCAUUGUGAUGAUAAGUUUUGCAAUUUAUCUUGCUUAAGUUUGGUAAAUUGUUGAAAUGAGUCAACCACAACAGCCACACCGCCCUUUCUUUCCAUUUGGAAAUCCUUUCAGGAUGUUAUCUCCAAAGGGUUCUCAGUUGUCUCCAAGGCUUCUUUCUUUAUUAAAUACAUUUGAGGAGGCAUUGGCAGCGAGGUUGCGGAAACUUAAUCCUAAAGACAAGGGUGAUGUUCUUAGCUUCACGUGGAUGAAAUUGGCAAUGGAGUCACUCUGUGAGACUCAUACUGUCAUAAAAACACUUAUCACAGAACUUGAGCUCCCUGUGACUGAAUGGGAUGAGAAGUGGAUAGAUGUGUACUUGGACAUCACUGUGAAGUUGCUUGAUAUUUGCAUUGCUUUUAGCUCUGAGCUCUCGUGGCUGAACCAAGGUCAACUUUUUCUUCAAUGCGCCCUGCAUAAAUUGGAGUCCAACAAUUCAGAGAAGUUAAUGCAGGCAUGUUCUUCCCUAGAUAGCUGGAGACAGCACAUUGGCUCCAAGAACCCAAGACUGGAAAACUGUAAAUCCAUCUUAGAGAAUCUUGUGGAUUCCUUGACUCUGCCUAAGGUUAAGAACUCGGCCAAAGGAAAGGUGUUGAUGCGUGCCAUGUAUGGAGUUAAGGUACAGACAGUAUUUGUAUGUAGUGUUUUUGCCGCUGCAUUUUCAGUUAAUUCAAAGAAUCUGAUAGAUUUGGAUGUACCCAACACAAUAUUGUGGGCACAAGCUUAUUCUGAUUUGCAAACUACAGUAAAUGGAGAAAUUAGAGAAGUAUUUUCUCGUGGGAAAUUUACUUUCUUGAAAGAAUUAGAUGAAGUUGAGACAGUUGUGAAUAAUUUAUAUCCCAUGAUCCAAGAUGGUAUGGGACCUACUGAAGUGGAAGCAUUCAGCAGUUCUUUUUCGGAUUUGGGGAGGAGAGCAGAAAGACUUUCUCAGGUGCUAGAUUUUCUUGCUAAGGAAGUAGAUGGCUUUUUCAAAAUAGUUUUAAGUGGGCGUGAUGCUUUGCUUUGUAACCUGAGAGUGUCUGAUACCGUUGCCGACCCAUUCCGAGGGAGUAAUUCUGAGGGAAUAAUGGGGAACAGGUUAUAGGAUAGAUGUUUAUGUUGAAGCCGCUUGUUCUCAUGUCUGAUACCGCUUGUUCCCUCAGUAGUGUAUUGUCUUGUGUGGGCCUGUCCUGUCUUGUGUGGUGUGAGGUAUCUUGUAAUGCUUUCUUACUAGUUUGUACAUGUCCGAAAUACAUGAAAUGUCUUGUACUGUUUCACUA